ACUCCCACUUCAACUUCCUCUCCAUCCUAUCUGCUUGACAACCUCUCCUUACCCUCCGCUCCUCUCCGCCUCCUCCUCUCCUCUCCUCUCCACCUGUAUCCUACCUACCUAUCUUCCUGCUACACCACAGCAAUGGCCGGCGGCUCAACCUUCACCUGGUCCCACGCCCUCCGCCUCCAUUCCACCCUCUCCCCCUUCUCCUCUCCGCUCCCCACAACGCACUCCGCCUUCAACAACGUCGAGCCGGUGUCAUGGCGUCGUCUCAACAUUGCCGGUCUGCUAGUAACGCUCUACGGCCUGCAAGAACUCCCACCAAACGUAGCCGAAGUAACGGUCCUCUGGCUGCUGCAUGGACGGGGAGAUACGCAAGACAGCAUGGCUUACACCGCGGCCGCUUUCCUCAACGCGUGGACUAGCAAGCGAAAGCCCUCACAGAAACACUUCAUCUGCGUGACAAUCGAUCAGAGAAACCACGGAAGCAGAAUGAUAGACAACACCGCAAACGUGAGCUGGAAACAAGGCAACCCCAGCCACGGACCAGAUAUGUUCUCCCACUUCUCCGGCACCGCUCUCGACGUUAGCCACCUCAUCUCACUGCUUCCUUCUUAUCUACCCUUCAAACUCGCCCAUCAUAUCUGCGCCGGCGUCAGUCUAGGCGGGCACGCGACGUGGCAGCUGCUGAUGAGUGACUCCCGGAUUGAGGCCGGCAUCGUCGUGAUCGGGUGUCCGGAUUACACGCGGUUGAUGACGGAUCGUGCCAUCCGGGGUAAGUUGAGUACGUGUAUGUCUACGGACCCGCCUGGGCGCGACUUCUCCGGAUCGGCCGACUUUCCGCCGAGUUUGCUGGCGAUGAUUGAAGAGCGAGAUCCGGCUGGUAUACUGCUUGGGGAGCUGGAUACGGUGACUGGGGAUGAUUACUUACAUACUCCUUCAGCGGCGGAGCAGGAGAGGUUGAGGCCGAUAUUGGAGCGGAGGCUGAAGGGGAAGAAGAUCUUAUGUGUAAGUGGCGGGAAGGACCGGUUGGUGCCGUAUGAAUGUGCGCAGCCGUUUUUGGGGUGGUUGAAGCGAGCUGUUGACCCGCGCGAGGGUUGGGCGCGGGGGCUGAGAAUUGAGGUGGAGGAUAUUGUGGACUCGGAAGGGAGGCAUGAGUUUUCGAAGACCAUGCGGAAGGACGCGGAAAGAUGGUUAUGCGCGUACCUUGCCCGCGACGACGAUGACGGUGAGAUCUAUGUCCGGGAAAGCAAGCUGUAGACUCUCACGGCCGUCAACCAUGAAGCG